AUGCUGUCUGCCAAUUUCCGUUUAGCAACGGUGGUGCUAGCGACUGGCGUGAUAUUCGAGAUCACCGCUCAGGGACAGCAUCUUAAUUUCUUCGAUUAUGGCCAGCGCGGACCACUACUUGCGAGCCAUUUUGGCCCUCCAGCAACAAAUGCAACUUUUGACUACGUGAUCGCUGGAGGUGGUAACGCAGGACUGACGAUCGCAACGCGCCUCGCACAGACUGGCGCCAGCGUGGCUGUGAUCGAAGCGGGCGGGUUUUAUGAAGUUGACAACGGCAACCUCUCGAUAGUUCCAGGUUAUGCGACCUAUUUUACUGGGUCGGAUUUGAACAAUUAUUCUCCCUUGGUAGACUGGGGGCUUGCUACUGCUCCACAAUCUGCUUUAGCCGACCGCCAGUUACACUAUGCACGCGGAAAGACAUUGGGAGGCUCAUCAGCUCGAAAUUAUAUGUUGUAUCAACGCGCGACGGUAGAUAGCAUGCAGCAAUGGGCAGAUGAAGUAGAUGACCAGAGCUACACCUGGGAUGCCUUCCUACCUUACUACCAGAAAUCAGUGAAUUACACACCGCCUGAUCAAACAUUAUACACCAACUCUUCCAACAAGCAAGAUCCCAAUGCAUUUAACACUACUGGUGGCCCUUUGAAAGUGUCAUUUAGUAACUUUGUCGAUCCAUUUGGAACGUGGGCACAGCAAGCUUUUAUCAUGGCCAACAUGUCUGAAAUUAAAGGUCUGAAUAGCGGCAAACUAUUGGGAUCAGCCUAUGCCACUCUGACGAUUGACCCGAGAAACGCCUGGCGGGAGACUUCUGAAUCCAGCUUCCUGAAUUAUGCCUUGAAUGCGGGUUUGCCUCUGACUGUGUACAAGAGCUCUUUGGCUCAAAAGAUUAUAUUUGACAGCAACAAUACUGCAACGGGCGUCCUGGUGUCUGCCGCUGGUUUCUUUGGAACACCUCCGAUCAACUUUACGUUGACUGCUAGGAAGGAGGUCAUUUUAUCUGCUGGUGCCUUCCAGUCUCCACAGUUACUCAUGGUAUCCGGGAUCGGGCCCUGCGGUGAACUGGCUGCCUUUGGCAUCACUUGUAUCAGUAACUUGACCGGCGUGGGCCAAAAUAUGCAAGACCAUCCCAUAUUUGGCAUUGCUCAUCGAGUCAAUGUCAACACGGCAUCUGCGGGCCUAAACAACGCCACACUUUCCGCGCUGGGUAUCCAGUCGUACAUCAACAAUGCUACUGGUCCUCUCUCGAUCUUUGGCCCAGGCAUCUACGGCUGGGAAAAACUUCCAGAGCCGUACCGGUCUCAGCUCAGCAAUCAGUCUAGAAGCAUCCUCGAUAGUGCUUUUCCAUCAGAUUGGCCUGAGAUCGAAUGGCUACCUGUCGCUGCCUAUAACGGAUAUAAUUUGAACAAACAAACGGCUGAUCCGCGCGAUGGUCACAACUAUGCGACACUCAACACUGCUCUCGUGGCGCCUCUUUCGCGCGGUACGGUCAAACUACAAAGCAAUUCUAUGACUGAUCUCCCUAUAAUCGACCCAAACUGGCUCAAUGAACCGACCGAUCUCGACUUGGCGGUUCAGUCAUUCAAACGACAGCGCCAAUUAUGGAGUAUUCUGGCUGAUCUAGGCGUGGCAGAUGCGACUGAGGCAUUUCCAGGGUCUAAUUACACAACAGAUGGUCAAAUAAAACAGAUUAUCACGGAGAGUAUGACAACUGUAUACCAUGCCUCUGCUACUUGCAAAAUGGGAAAGAAAAACGACACAAUGGCUGUUCUAGACAGCCACGCCCGUGUUUAUGGUGUUCAAAACCUUCGAGUUGUUGACGCCAGUAGUUUCCCUUUCUUGCCACCGGGUCACCCUCAAGCAUUAGUAUACGCAUUGGCAGAAAAAGUUGCUGAUUUGAUCAGCACUCAGUAA